CUGCGCAUGGGCAAGUAUCCUGCCAUCCCGGUGGAAGCUGUUCUCUCCGCUCCUUAUGGCUCAGUUCUGAGGCGGGAAGUCUCCGGCGGCUGGGAGCGCAAGCGCAGAGGUGCUGAGGCGGCAGAAGAGGAGAAGGUGGAGGUGCAGGAGAACAACCAGCACUUGUCUCAGGACAACUCGGCUCAAUCGCUCUCACCGGAAGAGGUGCGCGAUCUGAAGAAAACGUGUGACGGCGAGGCGGUCGUAGAGGCGCUGGCGUCCAACAGCGCCACGUUUGCCUCCAAGACAAAGUUCGCGCAGGAGAAAUACCUAAAGAAAAAGGCGCAGAAGCACGUGCAACAGGUCACCCUGCUCCGGCCCACGGUGAUGGAGCUCUGUGAGACAUACUACCGCCAGUCGCGCGGGAAGGUGUGUGGCCUGCGAUAUGACUACCUGUCAUCGCUUCUUUGCCAUGCGGACGUUCGAAGCGGCGCUCGCUUCCUCGUCCUGGACAAUGCUGCCGGCCUCGUUAUUGGGGCCAUGGCCGUGCAACUGGGUGGCUUCGGCGAGAUAUUUCGCGUCUUCCGCGGUGGCUGCCCCGAGAAGGGCCUCAUCGAGUUGGAUCUCAGCGAGGCUGAGAAGGCGACUGUGCGCCCAGUGGCCCUGGAGGCCUUGCAGUCGUCUGACUGGAGCAACUGCGAGUGGCUCCGCGUGUCGCAAGGUGAUGAAGCACCCAGUGACCCAGCGGUUGCAAGUCGCCAGGAGGCGAGGGCUGCGCGGGUCCGACAGCGACGUGAAGCCGUGGAAGCCCUCCAGGCCACUCGGGUGGAUGGUCUUCUCAUCGUGGCGGGCGAUGACGACGCGGAGCUUGCGGCAGAGGUGUUAGAGAUUGGCCUCGAACGCCUUGCACCUGGCGGCCGUGUCGCUAUGUUUGGACAUCACCUGCAGCCUUUGGCGGCCUUACAGGGCACCUGGAGAUGUUCCAACAACUUUGUGGAUGUUCGCCUGGAGCAACUCUUCACGCGCGAAUACCAGGUUCUCCCCGCACGGACGCAUCCGCAUAUGGUCGCAGAGGCCCAGCUGUGCGAAGGCUUUAUCCUCAGCGGCAGCAAGGUCGCGGAG